UACCAUAAACUAAUGUUAAAGGUACCAGUUUAAGAUCUAAAUAUAUUUUUUAUAGUGGAAAUCUCUACAGUGUUCAUGAAUUUAAACAUUGUUUUAUGUAUAAAUUUGCUGUAAUUAUACAGCUGGUUGCCAGUAACUUACUGUAGAAGAUAAAGACUAAAAAUGUUUCAUGUUCAUUUAACUUUAAACAAACUGUUGCCAGUAAAUAACAUAAAUGUAAAAUCUACAGUAAGUUACUGGCAGCCAGUACUACCCAGUAAUACUGUAAUUUUUACAGUGUAUUUAACACAUUAUGUGUCAUUUCGUGAUGAUUUUAUGUUCAGAUAUGUAAAAGGGACAACACAAGAUGAGAGAUCUGUCUAGUUAAGGACAACAUGUUAAAUGUGAACAUCCCUCUAAAUAAUGUUUUUUUUAUAUAUAUAUAUUUGACCAGUUAUGUGGUAUUUACCAGUAUUAAGGUGUUUUGUGUCACAUUUUAUGUUGUUUGAUUAAUGUAUCAUUGUUUUUAUCCUUCAUGUUUUGCAUUUGUGUGCAUCACAAUUUAUUAAGUUUUGAUGACCUUUAUUAUGGUGGUUAACUGUAUGUUGCAAAAUGCGGUUAAGAAUCGGAAAAUACACAAAUCUGCAUUAAUCUUUCCUGUAAUUUUGACAGCAAAUGUGUUCACAGUAUUUGCUAUUAAACCCUUAAACACUUUCUGAGCAAAGAGUUCCUGUUAUAAAGGGUCCACCCAAAAUAGCAUCUGAUUGCAAAAUUUCAGACUUGCCAGUGAGAGUAUAAAGAUGUUGACGCAUUUGUGUUUUUGUGUGCUUUUUACAAAUAGGGACCAACUGGGACGCUUCAUCAGUUCAGCCAAAAUGAACAACACGUCUGAUUACAACACAAUAGAUUAUUUUAAUUUUGAUUUUAAUUUUAAUGAAAGUUUUAUGAACUCUCCAGAGGCUAGUAGAUCUGUAACAGCGACUUCUCUCAUCCUCUACUUCUUGACGUUUCUCCUCGGAGUUCCCGGCAAUGCAUUUGUCGUGUACAUUGCCGGGAUGAAGAUGAAGAGGACGAUUAAUACAAUAUGGUUCCUAAAUUUAGCCAUAGCAGACCUCCUGUGCUGCCUCUCUAUACCGUUCAGCAUGGCAGAGAUCUUUCUGGACCAUCAUUGGCCAUAUGGAUCUGCCAUGUGCAAGAUUCUCCCAUCAGUUGUAGUCGUCAACAUGUUUGCCAGCGUCUUCACAUUAAACAUCAUCAGUCUGGAUCGGUUUAUUCUGGUGAUAACACCGGUUUGGGCUCAGAACCAUCGCAGUCUCUCGAUGGCCCGGAUCUCCUGCGUGGUGGUCUGGGUCCUGGCGUUGGCUCUCAGCUUGCCCUUCAUGAUGUUAAGAGAAACUUACACACAUGAUGAUCUGAACAUUACAGAAUGCACAUAUCACGGUAGUGAAGAAGAAGAAACUUUUGAAAGAUCUGGUGUGUUGAGCAUCAUCAGAUUUGUGUUUGGUUUCUUCAUACCUCUCGUGUGCAUCGCAGUAUGUUACGGGAUCAUCGCACGAAAGUUAGGCCGAAGUAAUUUCCGCUCAGGUCGAGCGUUUCGCAUCAUGUUGGCUGUUAUCGUGUGCUUUUUUCUGUGCUGGUUUCCGUACCACUGCGUGGAUUUGAUCCGGAUGUACGGUGAGGAUUCCAGCUCCUCUGUGGCAUUGACCGUAGAUCCUCUGGCCAUCUCUUUAGCGUACAUCAACAGCUGCCUCAACCCGGUUCUGUAUGUUUUUAUGGGUCAGGAUUUUAAGGAGAAGGUUCGACUUUCUCUCAGACGUGUCUUUGAAAGAGCUUUUUCAGAGGAGGCCACACACACCUCACGAUCCACACAGUCACAACAAAUACACUCGCUGUAGUUUCAUCUUUUUUUAUUUAGUAGCCUCCUGAAUCUUAUUUACUGAAUUGAUUGCAAACCUAGUAGGUUACAUCUUUUAUGUCUUUGUAAAAACUUAAUGCAAGCAAAACUAAUCUGAACACAAGUAGCUUAUUCGAGCAAUUUUCAGUAAUAGGAAGUGUGAGUUUUUUGGGGGGUUUUGGUGCAAGAACUUAUGAAACUCUUAAGUGGCAAAAAAUAUAUAUUCAAAUUCUUAUUUUAAAUAUAUUUCAAAAUAUACAAAAAAUGGCCCAAAAUAUAUGUGCUGAAAUAUAUUGUCAAUGUAUUUUCAGCAAUAUAUUUUUGGCCAUUUUUUGAAAUAUAAACUAGGCAACAUUUGCAUUGGUUCACAUGUUGACUGGAAUAUUUAAAAUAUAUAUAUAUAUAUAUAUAUUAAAGUAUUUAAAUUCACAUUGCAUUGAAAGAAAAACUUUGUAUGUUACAAACCUGUAAACAGAUUUGAAAAGAUUAAAAUUAAAUUUAAGCCGCUUAACUGCAAAAAAUAUAUAAUUGAAUAUUUUAUACAUUUAUACAAAACUUUAUAUUUUUUGCCAUAUGGGUUGUAAAAUUAGAAAUGUAUUUGAAAUACAUUUUGAAAUAUGUGUUGAUAUAUGAAGGUUAAAACUAAAUUCAAAUUCAAAAAUACAUUUAAUGAAGUUUUACUUUCUACACAAUGUAUUUAGCAUAUAUUUAAAACAUAUUUUUGACCAGAGAAAUGUAUUUUUUGCCGUAUGGGAAAAUACAUCAUUAUAAUACUCUUAGAUUUUUUUUAUUGCAUGGUUUUAAUGGGAAUUAAGUAAAAGUGGAAGUGUUUUUUUGUGCUGACAGCUCAAGUUAAAAAGCAGAUGUAAGCAGAUGCUAGAUGUUAUUAUGAGACAUUAAAGGUGAAGUUUAUGGUGUUUACUGACAGCAUCUGAACUGAACUUAAACUAAUAUUCUGUGUCCUAAAUGCUUAAUAUCAUAUUUUAUACAAAGUAAAAAAAACACAGCAUGAAGUUAAAUCAACUUGGUUUUGCAAGUCAAUUCAACAUACUACAUACUAACUGUGAAUAGUUGAUGUAACUCAUAAAAAAUAGUUGAAGUAGCAUAAAAUAUAUGUUGAUUUAACAAAAUGCUGCAUUUUUUUUACAGUGUACUAAUGCUGUUUUGUAGUAUUAGUAUUUUAUGCUGACAUUUAUACUGUCAUAUUAUCUUUAAUCAGAGAAAUUUAUUUUUUUGUAUGUAUACUGUUAAGUAAAAUCUUUAAUGUUUAAUUCUGUAGAAUGUUCGUAGAUGUUUUCUUCACAUAUUAAAAUAAUUUAUUUGUAAUCAAUUUUUCAUGUCCACUUCUCAAUUGUGUCGGAGUAUCAUAAUAACAAAACAACACUGCAAAAUUUUUCGUUGUGAAUUCACAGUAAAUAAAUGGAUAAAUUUUGCAUGACUUUCACAGCAAGGAUUACAGAAAUAUACUGUGAAAAUACUCACAGCAAUUUACUGUGAUGUUAUAUCUGUGAUAUUACAAUGCAUUGAUGUAAAAGCACAACUGUAUACUGUAACUUCACAGCUUCAAUGGCAAAGCAAUUACUGUGAUAUUACAAUACAUUACUGGGGAAUUACAAUCUUUUGCUGUUCAUCAUUACAACAAGGCCAUGUACUAUUACAGUGUGUACUGUGAAAGUAAUGUACAUGUUGACAAUAAUUUACUGUGAAAAGAAACGUUUGAUUAGUAAAUGAAUUA